CAUAACCAUUUUUAUAUUUUUUCAAACUUAAAAUUUUGAUCAAUCAAAGAAAAGAAAAAUCAAGCAACAAUUUUUACACAAACCCAUCUCAGAGACUCAGAUAAAGCUUCAAACUUUGUAACUUUAAUGGCACAAUUCACUGCCCAAGGACGCGUUAAGCUGCUCUUCAAUGGCGGUGAUGGAGGAGUCUCAUUUGGGUUAGAACCCAAUGACCCAUUUCACUUUCAGGUCAGAUCAAUCCAACCCCAAAAGCGGAAGCUCAAGCUUUCAGGUUCCACUACUCGAAUUUACUCUUCUUCUUCUUCUUCUUUCUUAAAUAACCCCACAAGUUUCAGUAGUAGCGAAGCCCACUUGAAUGUUGGUGAUGAUGAAGUUGUUGUUGAUCGUGGUUAUGGUGGUGGUGACGAGUAUGAUGGUGAUCUUGAGUUUCAGAGGGAUGAACUUGCUUGUUUCAGAGGUCUAGUCUUGGAUAUUUCUUACAGGCCAGUCAAUGUUGUCUGCUGGAAGCGUGCAAUUUGUUUGGAAUUUAUGGACAAGGCUGAUGUACUAGAGUAUUAUGAUCAGACUGUAAACUCCCCAAGUGGAUCUUUCUACAUACCAGCUGUCUUGAGGGUUCCACAUUUACUGCAAGUAGUUAAGCGAAGAAGGAUUAAGAGUAAUCUCAGUCGUAAAAAUAUAUUGUACAGAGACAAUUACACAUGCCAGUACUGUUAUUCUCAAGAGAACUUGACCAUUGAUCAUGUUUUGCCAAUUUCACGCGGUGGCGAAUGGGAAUGGGAAAAUUUGGUUACAGCUUGUUCUAAAUGCAACUCAAAGAAAGGACACAAAACAAUUGAAGAAGCAAAUAUGAAGCUAAUUAAGGUACCCAAGGCCCCGAAAGAAUUCGACAUACUUGCCAUACCCCUUACAAAUGCAGCCAUAAGAAUGCUGAAAAUGAGGAAGGGAACUCCCGAAGAAUGGCGUCAAUAUCUACCAUAACUUUCUUUUUCGUCUUUGUCAUUUACAGUCAUUCAAUCAUGGCUGUUGUACAUUCAUUUGUUCUGUACAUCUGUGGAGAUAAUUAUCUCAGAUGAAUGAAAAUUUGUAUAGCAACAAGUACUUAACCACCAAUGCUAAUGUAAGGAUUAAAGAACAAUAAUAUUUACAUGUAUAUACAUAUUUUGUUUCCUCUUA